CAAAUGUGAUUAGGAAUAUCCCACACUAAAAUAGACACACUGAAUGGUUCUUUAAGAAGGCUGUUGCUACAAUUCAAUGGAAACAAUCAACUGAAAAAUAAGAAUAUGAAAACAUCAGACACUUCCAAGUUCCUAAGUUCUACAUUUAUGUAGGAAAAGACAAAUAAUUCCCAGGAUUCAAUGGUAAAGUUGCAUUAGUUGCUUUCAACGUUGGAGAAGGAUCAUUCAAACCUAGCAAUGACUUUACAGGAAAAGGUGAUCCCUUUAGUUUUGUGACUGGUAAAAAGAAAUUGAUUGGAGUUCAACCAGAAAUAGACACUGAAGAAGAUCCUGAAAAAUAAAAGAAACCAUAUAAAGCAGUUGAUGAUGUAGAGACUGAUGGUUUGACUAGACCAAGUUCAAGCGAAGAAAAUAAACCAGUCAUUGAAGAAAAUUAAGAAGAUGAAAACGAAUUAGUCGAAUAUGGUUAUGGAUUUUGGAUGAGAUUCUUAACUGCUUACCCUGAUAGAUUAUUGAAUGGAAAGAAUGCUCCAUGGUACUUUGUUUCUAGAUUAACUUCAAAUAUGAAUUACAAAAAUAUUGAUAUGGGUGACAGAUUACUAGCCAUUUGGUAAGGUUAAGGAUAUUACCAUUUCACUACUUGUGAUUAACCAAAGAACCAAGCCAAUGAUUGUGGACAUACGUUUACUAUUCAUACAGUUCAGAAGCUAAAAAAGCUAUGUGCCUUCAUCAAAUAUGCAGAUCAAGAACCAAGAACAAUCUUACACUCAGUUCAACAUCCCGCUGCCAAGAAAGUCAAAUUCAUUUUGGGUGGUAUGGAUAAUAAAUAAUAUCCUGGAUUCAAUGGUUUAUUUAGUUAAGUCACAUUUUCAGCUAGACCAGGAGUAUUUUUGGAUACAAUUGAAGACUUUUCAGAUUAAUUAAAAAGAACAAUAAUACCAAAGUAAGAUUUGGAUUAAUUCUACAAUCAUGAAUUAGUUUCUGAUAUCAUUUCUAGAAAACCAAAUGACAUUCCAGACUAUGAUGAAAUUGGUGGUGGACAAGAAAUGUUCCCACAUGAAUAUGCCAUUUCAGGAUGGUUCAAAUGGGAACAAACUUAAUAAUAGGUUUGGCACAAUGUUUUCAGAGUUCAAAUAAAGAAGCCAUCCACUGACAGAUUCUUGGGAGAUAGAACAUUAUCUUGUUGGAUUGGUACUGCUUAAGGAGGUAUCUUACAUUUCCCAACAUACACAUACACAAAUAUGAAUGGAGCAGGUAAUCCAAAUAUGGUCAGCAAUAUCCAACACAAGAAUAGAAUUUUCGAUUGGUUCUUUGUUUACUUUGGAUAUUCAAAAAAUUAAUAAAAGGCAUUUGUCGGAGUUAGAUUUGCAUCAGGACUUGAAACCUUAGAGUAUAACAAUGUCAAUCAUUAUUAUGCACCUAAAUUCUACACAUUCGCUGGCAAAGACUUGCACUUCCCAGGAUUGAAUGGCAAAUUGGCAUAUGUGAACUUUAACUUAGGAGAUGGAACAUUCAGAAAGACUCCAGAUUUCAAACAUCCAGAUGACAUCUUUGGAUUACAAAAGGGUGAAAUCAACAUCCUCAAAAAGCCAGAUUAAAAGAAAGUACAACCAGAAGUUGAUAAGGAAACUGGAGAAACUUAAAUUCCAAAUGCAGUAUCUGAUAAUACACCCAAAGUUACUAAGGAAUUCAAAUCAGAAUAACCUCUUGCUGAAUAUGGUUACGGAUUUUGGAUGAGAUUCUUAACUGCUUAUCCAGUCAAAUUGCCGAAUGGAAAGAAUGCACCUUGGUAUUUCAUUUCAAGAUUAGCCAACAGACCUAAUUAUGAUAAUAUUGCUAUGGGAGAUAGAACUUUGGCUAUUUGGUAAGGACAAGGAUAUUAUCACUUCACCACAUGCAAUUUACCAGGACAAGUCAAUGUAAUUAAGAAUGUCAAUUACCCAGCUGGAGAAAAUUUAUGUCGAACUCGACAAGAUGGGAUUACAUUCAUCAAGCAUUCGAGUAGACAUAUCUGA